CUAUAGCGGGCUACAGUGGCGCGAGGCUUUACCGAGGCCAGUCCAGUCUCUUUAAAAUCGUCGCGAAACAACCCCCCGUUGUGCUACCGUGUGUUAAGUCGUGUGACGGGAACCUCCGGACUCGCGUUUCGGAGUCAUUUCAUCAUCGAAGCGAGGUGCAGGGUUCAAGUGGAACGCGUGGCGUGCAUCCCUACUAUUCAGCGAUCAACAGUGAGAGGAUCAACAUUUUCAGGAGAUGGCGGGCCAGGAUCCAAAGUUUCAGAAGGAGGCCGCGGACCAGAACUUCGAUUACAUGUUCAAGUUGCUGAUCAUCGGCAACUCGUCGGUCGGCAAAACGUCCUUUUUGUUCCGCUACGCGGACGAUUCCUUCACCUCGGCCUUCGUAUCGACCGUGGGCAUCGAUUUUAAGGUGAAAACGGUCUUCAGACACGACAAAAGGGUCAAGCUACAGAUCUGGGAUACCGCAGGUCAGGAAAGAUACAGGACGAUAACGACGGCCUACUACAGAGGCGCGAUGGGCUUCAUCCUAAUGUACGACAUCACGAACGAGGAGUCGUUCAAUUCAGUGCAGGACUGGGUCACACAGAUCAAAACUUAUUCGUGUGACAACGCUCAGGUUAUCCUGGUUGGCAACAAGUGCGACAUGGAGGACGAAAGGGUGAUAACUACUGAAAGGGGCAAGCAACUGGCGGACCAAUUAGGCGUCCAAUUUUUUGAGACAUCGGCUAAAGAAAACAUCAACAUCAAGACGGUAUUCGAGCAGCUGGUGGACAUAAUAUGCGACAAGAUGAGCGAGUCCUUGGACAAUGAUCCGACCUUGCUGGCGGGUGGAAUGGGUCAGGCGAAGGGUCAACGACUUACCGAUCAGCCGACCAAUCCAACGGACGACAAUUGUAAUUGCUAAGAACAUGGACGCCCAUCUAAUUGCUUUGCAAGCAUAAUAAGAAGGAUAAGAAUGAGUAAGAAGAAAAACAAGAAGAAGGAGAUGAAGAUGAAGAUGAAGAUGAAGAAGGGAAAAGAUGAAGAAAUAUUAGAAGAAAAACGAGUGUAUGCCUGUAUAUGUAUGCAUGAACGUUUGUGCACGUGGUCUUGUGUGUAUGACGAGUGUGUAGCUAUGCGUGUGAGUGUGUAGCUAUGCGGGAAAAGAGCAAGUGAGAGAGAGAGAAAGAGAGGAGGAGGAAGGUCGAGUGAUAAACGCUGGCUCUAGUUCACUUUGUUCGUCGUUUCUUUGACCUAUGUUUCCGGCCGUUCUUCGUUCUGCUCUUUUUCUUUCCUCCUUUCUCGAUCGAUAUAUUUAUAUAUGUGCACAUAAAUAAUGUAUAUGCACAGGGCGAACCGUGCUACUCCAUUUGACAAAGAUUGCUUCCCGUGUUGAUAAACGAUCGUUGAGUCCUAACCUAACUUUUAUCAUUGCACCGAUUUGGGCAUACUGUUCUUUGGGAUAAUUUGGAUCAAUUGCUUUGAUCUCGUCUCUAAUCUAUCCUUUGUUAUUACAACAAUUUGGGAAUUAAAACUAUUGGAAAUUAAUUUUCGUAUAUUUGUUUAACUUUGAAUAUCGUACUGGAUAAUAACUUUUAAUUCCUUCCUUUUAAGUUUUUCACCCAUCUUUCUCUUAUUAAUCACAAUUGGGAAUUUCAAUAUUUCAGGAUUACCCAAACUUGAAAUUUUCAACGUGCGAAGUUGCUCUUCACAAUAAUUUCAAUACUAAUGUUUUAGUUCCUAACCUAUCUUUUACCAUUAGCUCAAUUUGGGAAUCUAAUUACUUGAGAAUUAUAACUUUAUGAUAUUUAAUAGUUUCAACAAUAUUUUGUAUAUUUUAAUGUUUCGUUUCUAAUUCAUAAAUUGUUUAUUAGUAACGAAUCACUUUUAAUGGAACUUUUUAUCCCAGAACAAAGUAGUAAGAAGAUUUGAUCCUCACAGUGUUAAGGAUAGUUCCACUUCUUACCGUAAGAGACGCUCCUAUUCUUUCACGUAUUAUAGAUCACUUUCCCUAGACUAAAGAAUUCAACAUUUUCCCUCGUUUCUUCUUAGAUAUUCGAUCAGAAGCUUGAUGAUCGAUUCACUGACGACUGUAGGAGCAAUUAGUCACGCGAUUCGCCCUGUAUACAUAUAUAAAUAUGUAUGAUGGUUGUAGCCUGAUUACGCGGAGGUGCCAUCGAGCUAAUCCGAGUCCGAUUACGAGCAGACGUUGCAGUAUUUUUCUUGGGUUCGACGGGGAAAUUGUAAGAAAGGGUCAGACUUCGUUAAAAGCUCAAGCAAGGAGCAGAAUCGCGAUAUAUCUGACCUAUGUGACGAGGAAAUUUAUAUUUCGUAUCUCUACGAUCUUGUACCCCUAGCAGAUUUAAAUUUAGCGCCAUUUCCAGCGGCUCAGGGUGGGGAUACGUUCUUGUCACGCUGUUCAUUUCCACCUUUCUCAUUGGAAUACGAAUUCGCCGAAUGAAAAUUUAUACAAAAUUGAUACUCGUAAAUUGAAAAAGGAGAAAUAUUACUUCCUUUGUUUUCCAAAAUUGUUUUGAUUAGACAGAAAAUUCUGCUCGAUUCAUCGACGUGAGUAGGACAAUAACGAAAGAGCGAACCAUUUGAAGUGAAACGGAACGUGAGUGCAUCGAACCCAAAUUGAUCGAAAAAAUCCAUCCUAAGACUCGGUUUCACUGCAAAUGAGACAUUCCAAUGGCGGGUCGUUCGAACAAGCAGCUGUGUUUCCACGAAAUAUUUCUCAGGGCAAACUGAUCUCACCCGCCAUUUUUCCAAUCUUCUUUUCACGGAUCAGUUUGUUUCUCUGAAGAUCACUGUAAUUCGUUUCGACGGAGCAUGAAUUAUUAGAUAACGAUGAUCUUUGACGAUUUCAUGCGCAGCUGGGUCGAUAACCAAGAAUUUUCAACGAAGAAGCGCCUUAAGUCCCUUUCACACUUGAAAAAUGUAAAAUGUUGAAAAUGAAGUUAUGACAUAUCUAUUGAAUGUGAGUUAGAUUGAAUUUUAUUGCAUUUGGGAUAGGAUAACAUAAUUUAACCGAUUUAUGGUUAAAAUUAUUUUUUCAGGCGUGAAUGGGGCUUAAUACAUUCGCUGCUAUUGACGCAUAUGGUGCGUCAAUUCAAUUAUCUUCGAUUUUAGAAGAUUAUUAUAUUAUAAUUAAUCGAUAAAAAUACAAGAUAGCAAACAGGAUAUUGAUUUUAAUUCUUGAAAAUUUGUUCUCAUUUUUCUUUUCAUUUAAUAAUUAUAUAUCAUUAAAUUCUCAAUUUUUGCAUCUUUUCCCAAUUAUCCAAAAUCUAAAAAAAGUUUUUCUUCUUUUAAAAAAAAUUCCCUAGAAUCAGAAAAAAUAUAUUCUUACCAACAACAAUCGAAGAAUAUUUUUCAAUUCAUUUUUACACAGUCCAUGAAAUAUUAAGAUCGUAAAAGGGGUUAAUGAACAGCAGCGAAUGUGUUAAUAAACACUUCUGAAUUCGCCAUGGCGCAAAUCGUCGAACAAAAAGUUACAGCUCUGAUGAAUAGAAUUUGCAAAAAAAAAAAAAAAAAAAAAAAAAAAAAGAGUUGAAAUAUAUCUGUAUGUGUUGUAUUCUCAAUGGCGUUUCCUUUCUUCUUAUAGAGGAACUCGAUUUUUUCUGGAGGCUGUUCUCCCUCGAACCUAUUAUUCUCGACGACGUCGAUCUGAUGCACAACUUUCAAAACUUUGAUCCUCGAAGGCUCGAUCAAAGCUCGGGCACCUGAGAUGAUGUUAAUAGAAUUGUUGCGACGGCUGAAGUACGGUGACGUGGACGCUCGACACACUUGUGGAUCGUGAAUAUUUUUCUUCUUUUUUUUUUUUUUUUUCUUUUGGAAGAAUUUCUUCGAGAAAAAUCCGUAAAAGUCUCGUCUUCCAUUGGGAGGCUUUUGUUUUUCUUGAGGCUACAAGUUUCCCCAUUGAGGUGGGAAAUUUUUAUAAAUUCGCGUGUGUCGGUGCAAGAAGUAGGAAAAUUCGAGAAUUUCUCACGUUGUGAGAAAACGUUCGUUCUCUAACAAGAUCGUGCCAGUUUGGAUAAAGACACUGAGGCGAAGAGUUUCCAAAAAAUAGCAGAAUUCGAAUAACAAUUGGAGGGUUGUGUAGUGACUGAAAAUUUGUUAAUAAUUAGAGAAUGACUGAAUAAUUGGGAAAUUAGUAACUUAAAAAUUAGUGCACAAUUGGAAAUUUAUCAACAUUAGGGCAAUUGUUCGAUAAUUGGGAAAUUCUUGAAAAAUCGGACAAUUAUUGGAUAACUGAAAGACUAUGAAUAAUUGGGAAUUACUUAAUAAUUGAAUGUUUAUAGAGCUCUAAAAAAUUAUUUAAUAGUUGAAAGAUUGUUAAUAAUUGGAGAUUUAUUAAAUAUUUGGAGAUUUAUCAACAAUUAAAAAAUUACGUAACACUUUAAAGUUCAUCAAUCAUUGGAAAGUUUAACCUAACAAUUUAAAAUCUCCUAAUAAUUAAAAGAUUACGAAACUAUGAGAUAAUUGUCCAAAAAUAUCUCCAAGAACACGUUAAUUUAUGUGCAAACAAAGAAUUAGAGAAUGUAAAAUUCUGUUGCUUCCUAAGAUUGCGUGACAAUAAACGGAGGAAAAGUGCGGAUCAAUCCGGAGCAGAGGCUCCAUUAGGUGAAGCAUGUCGGCCAUUUUGAUUGGAGGUACGUGUCCGUCGAUGCCCCAUUUUUCGAAACGAUUUUUGAAAGUGAUAUAAGAGAUUCGAUACUGUCCUUAAAACGGUUUCGAGAAUUUUUUAUCGGCAUAAUAUUCGAGCGUGAGACAGGUCAAAUUGGAAGGAUUAAAAACGACCCGAUUUACUUCGAGGAACAACUAUCUAUACAGUGUCGUAUUUGUAUUACUUGAGCAAACGUCGAUACAUCAGAGUAAAUGUUUCUCAACCAAUUCAUAACGGGGCAUUCGUUAAUUUUCUUCGUUGAACGAAGAUUGAUUUAUUUUGAAGAACAAAGGUAUUGGCACAGACCAGAUUUUCCUAUAAAAUUCUGUGUAAGUAUUAGGGCAUUUACUUGGUCAGGUUUAUUGAGAAAUUUUAACAAAUAUUUUUAGCGUUCUUAAUUUUGCAUCACGAUCAAAUAAGAAAUUUAUAAUAAACUAAAUGGAAAAUAAAAUUCGAUAUGUAAGUAUACUAGGUAUUAGUAAGUGUCUUGAUACUUACGGCGGGAAGUGUAAAUCUGUAUAUAGGAACUUUCAAAUCUAAAGCAUAAAUAAUAAUUAAUAUAAUAAUUUAUUAUCAUUAAGCAGUUGCACGAUGAGAAUAAAUGAUAAAAGCAUACCGAUGACUUGUUCUAAAUUCCAAUUAGUGAAAAAUCAAUACAUGAAAAUCGAAUAUCGAAAUUAGACCAACGUAUCGUAUUAUGGAGAAAUUCAUCGAAUUCGCUAAAUUCUAAUUCAAUUAAUAUUAUUUUGAAAAGAACCUGUAAACGUUGAAUAUUUUAUUAAAAUGUGGCUAUUUCUCUGCAAAGAAGAUUUGAAACUUCCCUAAGAAACUAAAUAAAAAAAAAAAAAAUCAGACAGAAUAUUACAAAACAACGUUGUCUGUGCCAAUGAAUAAAAUUGUCGUCGUCACUGUACAUGUACAUUCCAAAUAAUAAUUGUUUUAGGAUUUUUUAAGCCUUGCAUAAAAUAUAAUUGACCACGAAUCGAUAGAGGAGCAACGCAAACAAGCGCAUCGAUAUUUGGCGUCAAUUAUCAUAAUAAAAUAAAAAAAAGCAUAAAGAAAAUAAUAAUAAUAAUAAUAAAAAAAAAGAAAAUAGCGUCCAAUCGAUUACUUCAGUCGUUGCUCGGCGUUUACAAACCUACUAGGCAAGCUGCCCUCUGUACAUAAAGAAAUAUAUAUAUAAAAAAAUACCUAUUAUAUAUUAUAUAUAUAAAUAUAUAUAAAUAUAUAUAUAUUAUUGAAUCUGUAAUGAAGUGUACUGUAAGCGUUACUUAUUCGUGUCAACUCAAGAUACGACUUAAGAGAAAGUCGCGGAGAAAAUGCAGCCUGCGCCAUCGUGUAAUCGAGAAUUAAAGAAAACUAUACAAAGAAAAAAAGGGGUAAAAAAGAGAAAAAAAAAAUUGAGAAAAA